AGAGUGGAACACUUUAUUCAAUGAUAGCGUCGCCCGUUGUAGGGACGCGACGAGCUCAGUUUAACGCAUCGAGUCACGGAACGCGCGUCCUGGCGCCCUCCUCCACGCCCAUCAGGACAAGAACCUCCGAUCUUCUCCUGUUCGGUCUCGCCAGAUGAAAGUCAAAUAAUCGAGGAAGAAAACGUCGUGCAGAGAUGUCGGAGAGCGAAGAAGACGCCACCAGCGAGUCCGACUGGCCGGUGUCGGCGGAAUGGCUUCAGAACAUACUCAAGAAUCACCACAAGGACCUGGAGGACCCGGCCAUCACCAUAAUAGCGUUCAGUGUGAAGCCCGGAUGCGAACCUAGUGAAAGUGUUCUGAGCCACAUAGUGGCGGUGUCGGUGCAGUAUUGCAUCAAAAAUGACGGCUCCUCGGACACUCACAGCCUCAGGCUCAUCAUCAAGAUGCUGCCGCAGGACCCCUUCAGCAGGUUCUUCGUCACGGAGGCGCAGUUCGAUCUCAGAGAAAUCAAGUUUUAUACUGAAGUAGUGCCGGACCUGGAGAAAUUCAAGGAGACCCAACUGGCAAACUUGGACGGUUCCGACAUAAAGAUACCCAUCCCCAAGUGUUUCUACGGACACUAUUUCGCAGGAACGAACGAACCCGAUCCCAGCCCUCCCGAAUCCGUCCUCGUCCUGGAGAACAUCAAAACGAGCGGCUACGUAGGUUCAGACUUCUCCAGGGGGCUCACGCUCAAACAGACCAAGGCCGCCGUCCAAGCGAUCGCCCAAAUACACGCCCUCUCGCUCUCCUACAAGGUGCUGGAGGCCAAGAGCCUGACGGACAAGUAUCCGUUCCUCUUCCAGACCACCAGAGCUUCGGAUUCCUACCAACAGCUCAUCGAAAGGGGCCUGCCCCAGCUAUCCCAGUUCCUGGAGUCGAGACCCGGACUGGCCGACAUUCUAGCGGCCUUGAACGAGCUGCGACCGCACACCAAGAACAUCAUCGAGAGUCUCCUGACACCCAAGGAGCCGUUGGCGUUGAUCACGCACACCGACUUCUGGUGCAACAACCUCAUGUUCAAGGAGGACGACACAAACUGCCAGUGCUCCAUCUUGGACUGGCAGAUGGUGACGUACAGCAGGGCUACUAACGAUCUCGCUCUACUCCUCAUCAGCUCCGUCCCUGCUGAACUGCGGAGGCUUCACACCAGAAAACUACUGGACAACUAUUGGGAAAUCCUAGUGAGUUCUUGCCGCUGCUUGGGACUGGAUGUGGAAACGACACUCGAGUACGACCGUCAACAGCUAGAGGAAGACUACAAACGCUCGCAACUGUUGGCAUUGUUACUGUGCAUAGGUAGUGUAGAUUUGGCUUUGGGCAACGCGCAGAUGGAGGAGAGACUGAUAGAAUUGCUGCAGGACCUCCACACGGAGGGGCUUUUGAGUGCUGAAGUUAUAAGGCAGGAAAAGUGAAGUGCUGAAGCUUGGAAUGUAUCGGGGUUAGAAACUCAGAUCACCGAGAGUUUUCAAAUUUAGUUCGAAUAUUGAUAGAGUGAAAGGAAUCACCUUCGCUAUGCUUCAUUGAAAUACUCGCCAGAAAUUAAUAAUUAUACUUAUAAAAUUUAUAUAGUUCCGGAUGAAUUUCUAUAGUAUUUAUCGAGAGAGUACUAAUAAAGUAAUUUCCAGGAAAGAGUCUUUAA